AUGUGUGGUAUCUUUGGUUAUUGUAACUAUCUGGUUGAAAGGUCCAGAGGUGAAAUCAUCGACACUUUGGUGGACGGUCUACAAAGACUGGAGUAUAGAGGCUAUGACUCCACCGGUAUUGCUAUCGAUGGUGACGAAGUUGACUCUACUUUGAUUUAUAAGCAAAUCGGUAAAGUCAGUGCUUUGAAAGAAGAAAUCGCUAGGGAAAAGCCAAACAGGGAUGUCACUUUUGUCUCUCAUUGCGGCAUUGCCCACACUAGAUGGGCCACCCACGGCCAACCUGAGAAAAUCAACUGUCAUCCUCAAAGAUCUGAUCCGGAGAGCCAAUUUGUGAUUGUUCAUAAUGGUAUCAUCACAAAUUUUAGAGAACUGAAGACCCUUUUACUUAAUAAAGGGUACAAGUUCGAAAGUGACACUGAUACUGAAUGUAUCGCUAAAUUAUAUUUGCACUUGUAUAACACAAACUUACAAAAUGGUCAUGAUUUGGAUUUCCAUGAAUUAACCAAGUUGGUUCUUUUGGAACUAGAAGGUUCGUAUGGGUUAUUAUGCAAAUCCUGUCACUAUCCAAAUGAAGUUAUUGCCACCAGAAAAGGGUCUCCUUUAUUAAUCGGUGUCAAAUCUGACAAAAAACUAAAGGUUGAUUUUGUGGACGUGGAAUUUCCUGAAGACAAUGCUGGUCAACCAGAAACUCCCUUGAGAUCAAAUAACAGACCAUUUGGCUUGGGUCCAAAGAAAGCUCGUGAAUUUGAAGCUGGUUCCCAAAACGGCAAUUUACUACCAAUUGCUGCCAACGAAUUCAAUUUAAGACAUUCCCAAUCCAGAGCUUUCCUAUCAGAAGAUGGCUCUCCAACUCCAGUGGAGUUUUUCGUGUCUUCAGAUGCGGCAUCUGUUGUCAAACAUACCAAGAAGGUCUUGUUCCUAGAGGAUGAUGACCUUGCUCAUAUCUAUGAUGGUGAAUUACAUAUCCAUAGAUCAAGAAGAGAAGUGGGCGCAUCCAUGACAAGAUCCAUUCAAACUUUAGAAAUGGAACUAGCUCAAAUCAUGAAAGGUCCUUACGACCAUUUUAUGCAAAAGGAAAUUUAUGAACAACCUGAAUCUACAUUCAACACUAUGAGAGGUAGAAUUGACUUCGAUAACAAUAAGGUAAUAUUAGGUGGUCUAAAGGCCUGGCUGCCAGUUGUUAGAAGAGCGCGUAGGCUAAUUAUGAUUGCCUGCGGUACUUCUUAUCAUUCAUGUUUGGCCACUCGUGCUAUCUUUGAAGAGUUGUCAGAUAUCCCAGUUAGUGUGGAAUUAGCAUCAGAUUUCUUGGAUAGAAAAUGUCCAGUCUUUAGAGACGAUGUAGGUGUCUUUGUUUCACAGAGUGGUGAAACUGCUGAUACUAUGUUGGCUUUGAAUUACUGUCUAGAAAGAGGGGCCUUGACUGUAGGGAUAGUUAACAGUGUCGGUUCUUCAAUUUCUCGUGUCACUCACUGUGGUGUUCAUAUCAAUGCCGGCCCAGAAAUUGGUGUUGCCUCUACCAAAGCUUACACUUCUCAGUAUAUUGCCUUGGUAAUGUUUGCUUUGUCAUUGUCAGAUGACCGUGUAUCAAAGGUAGACAGAAGAAUCGAAAUUAUUCAAGGUUUGAAGAUGAUUCCUGGACAAAUCAAACAAGUGUUGAAUUUGGAACCAAGAAUAAAAGAACUAUGUGCCACUGAAUUGAAAGAUCAAAAAUCUUUAUUAUUGUUAGGCAGAGGCUACCAAUUUGCUGCCGCCUUAGAGGGUGCUUUGAAGAUCAAAGAGAUUUCUUAUAUGCAUUCUGAAGGUGUCUUGGCUGGUGAAUUGAAACAUGGUGUUUUGGCCCUGGUCGAUGAAAACUUACCAAUCAUUGCAUUUGGUACCAGAGAUUCUUUGUUCCCCAAGGUCGUUUCCUCCAUCGAACAAGUCACUGCAAGAAAGGGCCAUCCAAUUAUUAUUUGUAACGAAAAUGAUGAAGUAUGGGCUGAAAAAUCCAAAACCAUCAAACUUCAAACCUUGGAGGUUCCACAAACUGUCGACUGUCUGCAAGGCCUAGUCAAUAUUAUUCCCCUGCAACUAAUGUCAUAUUGGUUGGCUGUUAACAAAGGUAUUGACGUUGACUUUCCAAGAAACUUGGCCAAAUCCGUUACUGUCGAAUAG